CACAAAACCAGACUCUUAACAUUCAUUGUUGUUUAGUGGAAUUUUUGGGUUUAAAUUGAAUACAAAGUUUCAGUUUCCCAGCUAUUGUUAAAAAGAUUGCAACUAGUCGAGUUUCUGGGUUUAAACAUAUUAAGUGUAAAGCUUCAGUUUGUCAGAAUAUGGGAUCUUCUAUCGUUGAUGAUGUUAUCAUAGAAUAGAUAAAUAAGGAGCCUGCACCAGACCUCCCAACACAAGAAGAUGCACCCUACUAUGAUAAUGUGAACUGGAGGAGAACUACUAUGAUAGAGAGUCAUCAAAUUAAUAGGAAUUUUACUAUUCAAUCUUAUCACAAAUGGGUAACCAUUUGUUUUAUUUUUAUUGUUCUAGUGUUGUUUAAGAAAAUUGUUAUUCAAAUAUCAUGUUAUUUAGUUUUUAAUUUCUUUUAUUGACAUUCUUGGUGCUAGAGUAUGGUGUUCAAUGAAGAUUCAACUUCGAGAGAAGAUCCAGCUAUUGUUGCAUUCAAUCAAUUGAGUGUAACAUUCCUUCCAAUAGAACAAGCUCCUCUUGCAUAUGUUCAAUCAGCUCCAUUAGACCUCUCAAUAGAAAUAGAUGCACCAUUUACAAAUACAUGUAAGAAUGUAAAGUUGAGGACAAGUGUGAUAGAUGGAAACUUCAACAAUCAAAUAGCUAAUAGCAAUUUUACAACUCAUUCCUAUCAAAAACUGAGUAUGAUGUCCAACCAAGAUUCUACUCCAAGAAAAGAUCCAACUACCUUUGUGUUUGAUCAAUCAAGAGUCACACCCCUCCCAAUAGAACAAGCUCAUCAUCUGUACAUAAAGAGUGUGGUGUCUAGCAAAGCUUCUUCUAUGACAGAAGAUCAAUCUAUUAUGAUUGAUCAAUUUAGAAUAGCACCCAUCCCAAUAGAACAAGCUCCUUUUGCACUUGUUCAAUCAACUACGUCAAAUAUCGCAAUAGAAGAAGAUGCACCUUUCAUAAAUACAUCUGAGAAUGUAAAGUGGAGGAAAAAAUAUACGAAAGAAAAUAGCCUCAACAAUCAAAUAAUCAGUAACAAUUUGACACCUCAUCCAUGCCAAAAUAUGAGUAUGGUGCCUAAAAGAGAUUCUACUCCUAGAGAAGAUCCAGCUAUUGUUGUGUUCGAUCAACCAGAAGCAGCACCCAUCCCAAGAGAAAAACCUCCUAUUGUGCUCGCUCAAUCAACUACAAUAGAAGAUGUGCUUAAUCUGUUGAUAGACACACACACCCAAAACUCUCCAUCUGUUAUACAAGUUGCACUCGCCUUGUUUGUGGCAAGCUUGACUCUCAUGUUGGCAAUGUUGGACAAGCGAGAUAACUCCAUUUCCUUCAACAUAUUUUUUAUCACAAGCAUGUUGGCUUUAGUUACUUCUUUGGCUGUCGCUAUGAUUCUCGCCUUUGACCCACCUAGGAAAGUCGCUUGGUUGAUGAAAAUCAUUACAUGGGUGGCAGCAGCAUGCUUCCUUUUGGCUUUCCUAGCUAUUGGGUUUUUUGUGAGAAUCCCUGCCGUCAAAUGGAUUGUGGCAAGUUUUGCUGGUGUAGGUGCCAUGGUAAUGGCAUUGCUAUUAUACAGGGCUUUCAUUUUCCCUCCUCAAAUGUCUCAACUACACCAAGGCUUCAAUGUUGUCUAGUAUCAUGGAAAAGGCAGAGCUAGUUGUUUGAAAUGUAAUUGUGUGUCGAGUUGAGGGAGAGCUAGAAUUUGCAAUAGAAUUCAACAAUCAAUAUAUCAAGUAUUUGCAUUAUUCAAAUUGAUUUCA